UGUUCGCAGUGAAGGUUUCGAAGACCGAAAGAACGGGCGGAUGCUAGCUGGUCGCGCUCGCGCUUACAUCAAGGUGAACAAUGUAGAGAAGUCUCUCGGCCGCCGUGGUAUCAAUGUUGUGGUUAUUAGCAAAAAAACAGGUCGUACCUUACGGAGAAUUUCCUUUGACACCCAUGGCAACAUUAACCAUGCAAAACGGUUUUACCGCUUCAUACGAAGUAUCAGAAGAGGGAGAAUCGUGGCGGUUUCCGUUCAGGAUGAAGCAUUUAGGUAUGGACGACGAUACCUCACUGUUUUGCGGAAAAUUGGCGCAAAUGGAAGAAAAUUUAGGUUUGGCUACAGGGGUAGUUAUGCUCUAGUAGGGUACAAAGGCCGUCGCCAAUGGUGGAUCAAGGAGAAAAGCCGCCCGCGAAGGAAAGGACCCGUUGCAGUAUAUGCUCGCAUCCCUAAAACGAGAAGACGAAGAUAUGGAAGGCGAUUUAGAAGACGAAGAAUAUAUUUGUCUGUUGAAAGUCAAGGCUUUGUUGAUAAAAAACGUGGACGCACUUUGUAUGGCCGCUCGCGGGCCUACAUCAGAGUCAAUGGAAAAGAUUACUCUCGACACAGGCGUGGUUUUAAUGUUGUUGUUCUCAACUACAAAUCUGGUCGUAUUGAGGCGAGGCGAUCUUUUGACACUCAUGGCAGCCGUUAUGCAGCAAAGAAAUUCAAGCAGUUUAUUUCUAGAAUCAGGCGGGGGAGAAUUGUAUUACUCGCCAUCCAAGAUGAAGCAUAUCGGUUUGGAAGAUAUUACAAGUACGUCCUCAAAAGGCUUCACAUCAACCCACGCAGUAUAAGGCUCAGUUACAGAAGUAGUCUUGCCUUAAUCGGUUAUGUGGGUCGGCGCAGACCAUAUUGGGUUAGAUAUAUGAGUCGACCUCAACCACGAGGCCCAAGUUACGUAAGGAUUCACAUCACAGUGAGGGGACGGAGACCAGUACGAAGAGUUAUCAGAUACCGUGGACGACGCUGUGUGAUUAGAAGAAGAAAGACAUAUAGCGUUCGCAUUGGCCGGAAGAAGAAGAUCAUCGGACGAUUUAUACGUAAAAUAAGAAUCAAAUUGUUACGAAAAUACAGGAAGAUAAGGCGCAUUCGUCGCCGUUGGCGUGUGCGUAUAAGGCGACGUUGGUGUGGCCUGCGAAAACGCGGUAAGCGCUGGUUUUAUCGUUGGCGGAAACGUUGGAAGAAAAUAAGACGCGUUAGACUGACUUGUCGUAUAGGAGGUCGAAGACGCAGAGUUCGACUCCGACGAGGAAGAUGGCUCCUUCGAGGCAAGAGACGCUGGAGACUUUUCAAGCAUCGCGUCACAAGGUACAUCAGAUAUCGAAGAAAGAGGGUCAUCGUGAGAAGAGCCAGAAAAGGGUAUCGCGUACAAAGAAGAAACGGCAAAUAUGGGAAAAUAAGGAGGUUCAGAACUCUUUACCGCCGUGGACGACGAAGGCUCGGGAGACGAAAAUCAGGAAGACGAAUAACUAUCAGAUACCAUGGACGACGUGUUGUAAUUAGAAGAGGAAAGAGAUAUAUCGUUCGCUUUGGCCGAAAGAAGAAGAUCAUUCGACGAUUCGUACGUAAAAUAAAAAUCAAAUUGUUACGAAAAUACAGGAAGAUAAGGCGCAUUCGUCGCCGUUGGCGUGUGCGUAUAAGGCGACGUUGGUGUGGUCUACGAAAACGCGGUAAGCGCUGGUUUUAUCGUUGGCGGAAACGUUGGCGGAAAAUAAGACGCGUUAGACUGACCUGUCGUAUAAGAGGUCGAAGACGCAGAGUUCGACGCCGACGAGGAAGAUGGCUCGUUCGAGUCAAAAGGCGCUGGAGACGUUGCAAGCGUCGCGUCACGAGGUACAUCAAGUAUCGAAGAAAGAGGGUCAUCGUGAGAAGAACCAGAAAAGGGUAUCGCGUACAAAGGAGAAAUGGCAAAUAUGGGAAAACAAGGAGGUUCAGAAUUACAUACCGAGGUUACGGAAGAAAGAACCGUAGAAUAAUAAGACGGAAACGACGACGAAUCCGACGAAGAAAUCGUCGUAGAAGACGUCGAAAACGGAGGUAUCGAAGACGAAAAAUAAGGAGAAGGAGAAGGCGACGCAGGAGACGAAAACGAAGGACACUCGUUGUUUACCGCGGACGUCGUAGGCCAAUAAGAAGAAGGCCAAUAUUAGGGCUCACUUGGAGGAGAAAGGUGAGGCCACUGGCUCGCCUGACAGUUUACGUCAGGGGAAAGUACAGGCCACUCAAGAAAAGAGGUCGAUAUUGGUAUACAUUCAUCACCCCACGAUGGGUUAGAGUCACCAGAGGAAAGAGUGUUUGGUAUUACCGUUACGGACGUCGCUGGUUGAAAAUCAAACCCGUCAGGCUUUCUGCGCGUGUUAGACGUAGGCGAUGCCUUAUACGACCUCGUGGACGUAGGCUGUACGCUCGCAUCGGGAGGCGUUACAAGCGUGUAAAAACACGAUUCAUACGCUAUGUCCGUUUCAAAGGAAAACGAUUUAGAGUCAAGAGAAAAGGGAGGAAGGUUAUACUCAUCCGUAAAGGAAGACGGACUCGACCUCUGGGAGUAAUACGUUUCCGACGUUAUAGCCGAAAACUUGUACGAAGGAGGAGAAGAAGGAGAGUGCGCAGAAUCAGACGUCGGCGGCGAAGGGUGAUCAGAAGAAUCAGGCGGUACUUCAAACGAAAGCGACGGCGAAGACGAAGAAUACACAAGCGACGGGGACGAAGAGGUCGUCGAGUACGAAGGAUACUCAGAGUGAGAGUGGAAAGUCAAGGCUAUGUUGAUAAAAAACGCGGACGCACUUUGCACGGACGCUCGCGGGCCUACAUCAGAGUCAAUGGGAGAGAUUAUUCUCUACACAGGCGUGGUUUUAAUAUUGUUCUUGUUAGCCAUAAAACUGGUCGUGUUUUGAAAAGAGGAUAUUUUGACACCCAUGCCAGCCGUUAUCAAGCAAAGAGAUUCAAGAAGUUUAUUUACAGCAUCAGACGCCGGACGAUUGUGUUACUUGCCAUCCAAGAUGAAGCAUAUCGGUUUGGAAAAUAUUACAAGUACGUCCUUAGAAGGCUUAACAUCGACCCACGCAGAAUAAUACUCAGUUACAGAAGUAGUCUUGCCUUGAUCGGCUUUGUUGGUCGGCGCAGACCAUAUUGGCUUAAAUAUAUGAGUCGACCUCAAAAACGUGGCCCAAGUUACGCAGUCUCUCAUAUCCCACUUCGCCAAGGAGCUUCGAGAGGGGUAAGACGAAGAAGGAGAAGACGGCGAAGGGUAAGAAGGCGAAAGAGGAGGAGACGAAGAAGGCAAAGAAGGCGACGUAGAUUGAGGCGAAGAAAGAAUCGUCGAAAAAGAAGAAGAAGAAGACGCCAAAGGAGACGACGAACAAAACGAUAUAUCUUCAAAUACGGCGGUCGGCGACGUGUAGUGCGCACAACGCGAAAGUACGUUUGCAGGCUAAAGGGCAGGAGAUAUCCCAUUCUCGGGUUCAAAAGGCGCUUAAGGAUACUUAUAAGAAGGAAAUGGUGCAGGAUUAGACGCAAAGGUCGACGAUGGAGAGUACGCAUUAAGCGGCGAUGGUGCCGUCUGAAGAAACGAGGUAGAAAGUGGAUCUACAGACUCAAAAGAAGAUGGUUGCGUCUCAGACGUGUCAGGCUUAGAGUCCGCAUCAAGCGUAGAUACUACCGUGUGAGACACCGAAGAGGACGUUGGUCAUUUAGGUUCAAGAAGGGAUGGAAAGGAAUAAGGCGAAGGCGUUUAGCUUAUUUCCGCUUUAAAGGACGCAAGCGCUAUGUGAGGAUUGGACGAAGAAAAAUAACCUAUAAACGAAAAAGAUUCCGGUUCAUAAGACGAAUAAUUCGUCGUAAAAAAGUCUUGACCCGACGUGCUAGAAGGCGAAUGUUGCGACGGCGACGAAGAAGGUCCAGACGGCGAUUAAGGCGAAAACGACGCAGAAAGCGAAAAAGGAGGAGAAGACGACGAAGACGCCGAAGAAGACGCCGAAGAAGACGCCGUCGACGAAGGCAUGGGCGAAGAAGGAGACCAAAGAGAAGAGGUGUUAGUAAGAGACGAUAUCGAAGGCGACGAAGACGUCAACGGAGAAGAAAACUGAGGAGGCGUAGGCGAAGACGUCGUAGAAGACGUCGUAGAAGACGUCGACGACGAAGAAGUAGGCGACGUAGAAAACGCCGAAGAAGACGGCGACGAGGAUUGCGACUACCCAAAGUACGUUUUGGCGGUAAAUACCGAAGAAUAGGUACUACUCGACGUUGGGUUGUAAAAGUAGGCAGACGAAAGUAUCAAGUCCGUGGUUUCCAACAUGGACGCCUCACUAUUAGAGUCAGAAAGAGAACUGCACCGCUUCUUCGUCGAGGUCGUUUCUGGUAUAUACGUUUCGGAAGAAAACUAGUGAGAGUGAAAAAAAGGCGUGGACGACGGUAUAUAAUUUGGAGACGGAAGAUAAUCUAUUUGAGGUGGGUCCUCAAGUUACGCUUCAAGGGUGUCAGACGCUUUGUUCGAUGUCGCAGAGGAAAGUAUAGCAUUCGGAUCCGCAAGAAAUGGGUGUCAAUAAGGAAGCGUUCGCAGAAGUUCAUCAGGCGCGGACGUCGAAGAUAUUCGAUAAAGAAACGAGGCAGGAAAUUCUUCGUAAGGUAUCGGAAAAAAUGGAAGCGAGCGAAAUUGAGAUGGAAGAAACGUUAUCGAAGAGGCCGGCGACGCUCCAGCAUUCGUAGAAGACGGCGAAAGAGGAGGCGGCUUCGACAACGUAGAAGACGGAGAAGAAGAAGGAGACGAAGGCAAAGAAGGCGAAUCAGAAGAAAGCUUAAAAGACGAAGAAGAGCAUCAAGGAUACGCUUCCGUCGUCGAUAUCAUAUUAUAAGAUAUCGCAGGCAGUACAUCAUCCGAUACAAGGGACGAAGAACUCGAUUGCCUCAAUUCAAACGGCGUGGACUUACAAUCCGUGUAUUUAAGCGACAGAGGCGAAUUUUCAGAAUACGCAGACGAUGGUACGUUAGGAUAGGACGAAGAACGGUUCCUGUCGUGCGACGUGGCCGCCGUCACGCCAUACGCUGGGGAAGAAAAUGGGUGUGGCUAAGAUGGAGAUUUAGAUUACGCUUUAAGGGCGUCACGCGUGUGAUAAGUUGUCGAGGAAGACGUUGGAGAAUACGUAUAGGAAAACGUCUCGUGCGUAUUAGAAAACGUAGAACACGCUACAUCAUUGCUGGACGGCGACGAUAUGCAGUGAAGAAAGCAAGAGGAAGAAGAUAUAGUAUACGGGUGCGAAGGAAGUGGAUUAGGGUAAAGCGAGUCAAACGACCGAGGCGAAGACGAAAACCAAGGUGGUACAAGCGUAUGAUUAAAAGAAGGCGACGAAGGCAAAGGAGACGACGUCGAAGACGUCGUAGCCGACGCUAUAGGCGGAGACGAUCCCGUCGAACACGGCGACGCAGAAGACGAAGACGAAGGCGAAUAAGACGAAAGAGACGACUAGGAGGCUGGAGGCGACGUAGAAUUUAUUUCGCGGGACGUUUCCGCGUUUUGAGGACGUCUAGACUUCGAUUGAGUAUCAAAAUGAAAGGAAUCAGGAACAAAAUUCAUCUAGGUAGAAAGUUACUCAAGAUCAGGUACGGUGGAAAAUAUAGGGUUGUGACAUUCAGAGGGAAAUUACCGUACCUCCAGAUUGGAAAGACUUCUUACCGCAUCUACUUCCGCGGACGGUAUUGGACCAUAAGAAGAGGGGGAACGUUGCGACGCUUACCUAGGAAUGUGAAGUAUUAUUUCAUGGGAAAAUGGCGACGGGCGAAAUAUACCGGGAAAAGAAUGUACCUCUGGUACAAACGGCGCUGGUACCAUGUGACACGACGAAAGGGGUAUACCAUCCGCUAUCACGGUAGAACACUAAGGGUGAAGAGGACACGUAGAGGAUAUAAAGUACGCUUUAGGGGUCGCUAUGGAAAGGCUCGAAGAGUAAGGAAAAGAAAACCGAGGAUAAGAAGAGUUCGAGGGAGAAGGAGGAGACGGUACGGACUAAUAAGAAGAAGAGGACGGCGAGGAAGACGACGAGGACGAAGGAGACCUGGUAGACGAUUCAGACUAAGAAGAGUAGGACGGCGAGGAAGGCGUAGAAGAAGGAACGGAUUACGACGUCGAGGACGAAGGAGACCUGGUAGACGGUUCGGACUAAGAAGAGUAGGACGGCGAGGAAGGCGACGACGUAGAAAAAGGUACAGAUUACGACGUCGAGGACGAAGAAGACGUGGUAGGCGAUACAAGUUAAGAAGAUAUCGUGGACGAAGGCGUCGUCCUAGACUCUACUUUAAAGGACGUUACCGACAUUUGAGGAAAGGAGGAAAAGUAUGGUACGUGAAAAUUGGUCGACGUAGAUACAAACUUCGCACAAUCGGCCGACGAGUAAAAGUAUACUACAAAAAACGAUGGCGUCCAUGUAAAAAGCAAAGUGGAAAGUGGUACAUCUGGUAUGGAAGAAGGUGGAAGCCUAUCAUGAAGCGUGGAGGUCAGUGGUUCAUGAAAACCCGCCGGCACUUACAACGGCUAAGAAUGAAGGCGAAUCUGCUAAUGAUCAAGUUCAGACGAGUCUGGGCGCGCAUGAUGAUGCUGAAGAGGAAGCUGUACCUUAAACUCGGUCGUAAAUGGAAACGAGUGGUUCGACGUCGAAUGUAUCGCAUACGCUAUCACGGCCGCAAUCUGCGGGUAAAGAGGAGAGGAAGAAACGCUAUAGUUCGAUAUCAUGGACGCUGGCUUCGCAGGAGAAGGAUAGUUAGGAAACAACCUCGUCGCCUGUCGAGAAGACAGAAAAGGCGACUGCGAAGGAGAAGGAGACGGCGGGCUAGGAGACGACGACGUCGAAGGAGAAGACGAAGAAGGCGAAGAAGAAGACGCAGACGGCAGCUCAGGAGAUAUGGAAGGCGACGACCGCGACGUCGUGGACGCGGCAGAAGAGGACGACGAGGAAGGCGAAGGAGAUACAUCCGCUACCGUGGAAUACGACGCAAGGUAACGAUCAGAAGGAAAUACUUCAGUGGACGGAAACGUAUUUCCAGGUUCAGACGGAGAAUAAGGAUUAUAAUCCGAAGAAAAUCUAGGAAAAUAAGACGCUUCCGUAAACGAUGGCGAGUGAAGAUUAGAAGGAGAUGGUGUGGACUGCGAAGAUUCGGUCGAAACUGGUAUCUAAGGAGAAGACGAAAAUGGAGGAGGAUUAAAAAAGUCCGACUUGUGCUGAGAUGGAGAAAGCGAAGACUACGGAUUAAACGGCGAGGGAAGAAGUGGUACAUAGGCGUAGACGAGGCAGAAGAGGACGACGAGGACGACGAGGAAAGCAGUCAGUGUAAGGUAUUGUUGUUUUAUACAGGAAGGAGAUACAUCCGCUACCGUGGAAUACGACGCAAGAGUCAGUGUAAGGUAUUGUUGUUUUAUACAGGAAGGAGAUACAUCCGCUACCGUGGAAUACGACGCAAGGUAACAAUCAGAAGGAAAUACUUCAGUGGACGGAAACGUAUUUCCAGGUUCAGACGGAGAAUAAGGAUUAUAAUCCGAAGAAAAUCUAGGAAAAUAAAACGCUUCCGUAAACGAUGGCGAGUGAGGAUUAGAAGGAGAUGGUGCGGACUGCGAAGAUUCGGUCGAAGGUGGUAUGUAAAGAGAAGACGAAAAUGGAGGAAGAUUAAAAAAGUCAGACUUGUGUUGAGAUGGAGAAAGCGAAGACUACGGAUUAAACGGCGAGGGAAGAAGUGGUUCAUACAAAGAAAAAAGCGAUGGAGGCGUGUUCGGCGUAGAGUUCGUUGCAGCAUCCGGUUCCGUAGAAAGCGUUUGAGGGUAAAGCUGAUUGGUAGAAGAGGCGUUAGAAUCUUCAGGAAGGGUCGAUAUGGUAGAAAAAGGAGGGUUCGCUUUAGGCGUCGAAGACGCAGAAAAAGAGGACGACGAGGACGACGAGGAAGACGAAGGGUCACAAGAAGAAGGAGGAGGCGCCGGCGACGUCGAAGGCGUCGAAGGAGACGACGAAUGAGGAGAAGACGAAGAAGAAGAAUAUUACGAAAAUACAAACUAAAAUGGCACGGUCGAAGAAUCAUCUUCCGUGGUAAACCCCGACGUGUGCGAGCAGGAAGAAGACAUUGGUAUCUGCGCUAUAGAGGACGACGCUACCGCGUCCGACGACGUGGAAGGCGAUCUAAAGUCUACUUCAGGAGGGGAUGGAGAGUAGUCAAACGUAGACGCGGUGUUCAAUUUUUGAAAUACGGUCGAUCGUGGUUCCGUAUUUCAUUCAUCAGAGGUUCUUACUAUGCCAAAUUUAAAGGAAGGAAGGUGCCUAUUGUCAGGUUCCGAGUACGGUUCAUGCGAAAGUGGAGAAAACUGAAACUUCGCCGUGGGAAGAGAUUGCUUUAUUUCAAUAGAAAGUGGAUAAAGCUCACUGGUCGUCGGUUUUAUUACAUGCUUUUCAGGGGACGCAAACUUGUAGUGAAAAAAACAAGAGGAAAGUAUCGAGUUAGAUACCGAAGGCGAUGGUGAAGACCAAGAAGACCGCGAUAUGGGAAGAGACGACGUCUUGGUGGUCGAAGGCGAAGAAUAAAACGGAGACGACGAGGAAGAAGACGAAGGAAAAGGCGUCAAAGACGCGGCAGAAGGGGAAGGCGAGGAAGAUGGCGACGACGUGGACGACGAGGAAGGCGAAGGAGAUACAUCCGCUACCGUGGAAGACGAUGCAAGGUAAAGAUCAGAAGGAAAUACUUCUGUGGACGGAAACGUAUUUCCAGGUUCAGACGGAGAAUAAGGAUUAUAAUCCGAAGAAAAUCUAGGAAAAUAAAACGCUUCCGUAAACGAUGGCGAGUGAGGAUUAGAAGGAGAUGGUGCGGACUUCGAAGAUUCGGUCGAAGGUGGUAUCUAAGGAGAAGAAGAAAAUGGAGGAAGAUUAAAAAAGUAAGACUUGUGUUGAGAUGGAGAAGACGAAAACUACGGAUUAAACGGCGAGGGAAGAAGUGGUACAUAAAACGAAGAAAGCGAUGGAGGCCUGUACGGCGUAGAGUUCGUUGCAGCAUCCGGUUCCGUAGAAGGCGUUUGAGGGUAAAGCUGAUUGGUAGAAGAGGCGUGAGAAUCUUCAGGAAGGGUCGAUAUGGUAGAAAAAGGAGGAUUCGCUUUAGGCGUCGAAGACGAGGCAGAAGAGGACGACGAGGACGACGAGGAAGGCGAAGGAGAUACAUCCGCUACCAUGGACGAAGACGCCGUGUAAAGAUCAGAAAGAAAUACUACUUUGGACUCCGACGGAAACCUAUUCGCAAGUUCAGGCGGAAAAUAAGGAUUUACAUCCGGAGAAAAUAUAGGAAAAUAAAACGCUUCGGCAGGCGAUGGCGAGUGAGGAUUAGAAGGAGAUGGUGCGGACUGCGAAGAUUCGGUCGAAAGUGGCAUGUAAAGAGAGGAGGAAAAUGGAGGAAGAUUAAGAAAGUAAGACUUGUGUUGAGAUGGAGAAAACGAAAACUACGGAUUAGACGGCGAAGGAAGACGUGGUACCUACAACGAAACAGGCGAUGGAGGCGUGUACGUCGUAAAGUGCGGUGCAGCAUCCGCGUCCGUGGAAAGGUAAUGAAGUUGAAGCUGAUUGGUAGAAGAGGCGUUAGAAUCUUCAGGAAGGGUCGAUAUGGUAGAAAAAGGAGGAUUCAUUUUAGACGUCGAAGACGCGGCAGAAGAGGACGACGAGGACGACGAGGAAGGCGCUUUCGUGGAAUCCUUUUCAGGAAACGAAACCGUAGGAUAAGGCGAGGCCCAUAUGUAAUAAAGUUUAGACGUGGGCGUCGUACAUACCGACUCGGCCGAUUAAUAUCGAGAGUAAAGCUGUACUUCCGAAGGCGAUGGUAUCGCCCCUUCCAUCGCGGACGUCAGUGGUUUUUACGUCUUGGUAGAAGGAAUUGCAGAGUCAUCCAGCGAGGCAGGAGAUGGAUGUUGCAUUACAUAAGACGCUGGUAUUACAUACGCAGAUUUAUGAUACGUGUUAGGCGUACAUUCAGAACGGUGACACGGCAGAGGGGAAGAUUUUACAUAACUUUCAAAGGGCGUAAAGUGCGUUUUAGUUUCAGGCGUGUGCGAUACUUUACUUUCCACGGAAGGCGUACUAUCGUACGGCGAAAGAAAAUAGGAAGGCGACUGUUUUACAAGUUCCGAAUAAAAGGAAGGUGGACUCUGCGGAGGAUACGAAGAGGAGCAAAGCUGCGACGGCGAACCUACCGAGGAAGAAGAAGAAUGAGGAGGCCCAGAAUAUUGUUCAGAAAACGUUACUUUGGUUUAAGACGAGGAAGACCUUUAUAUCGUGUGAGAAUUGGAGGACGUAUUCGAAAGAUACGCAAGAUCACAAAACGACUAAGGAUCAAGUUCAUGCGGAAGUGGCGUCGUUUGCGAUAUCGUAGAGGCCGAUGUUAUGUUUUGGUUGGUCGACGAUGGCGUUUUGUCCGUCGCAAAGGGCGACGUUGGUAUAUAUCGUACAAACGUCGCUUGAGGCUUCUCCGUCGCAAUUUCAGAACAUUUAAAAUUUAUCUUUUGAAACGUUUCAGACCUUUGAGGCGUAUCAGGACUAAAUACUAUGUGAAGAUUGGUCGAAAAGUUCGGCUUCUGAAUCCCCGCUAUAAGCUGUUUUUUAACUACAAGGGAAGAAGAGUUACGGUGAAAAGAAAAGGUCGGCGUGCACGUAUCCUAUGGCGCGGGAAAUGGAAAAGAUCCAGAAGGAUCCGAUAUAGACCGCCCAGAAGACGAGGACGACGUCAGAGGCGGCGAUUGAGAAUUAUUAGACGUUUAAGACGUCGAAGGCGACGGCAAAGGCGAAGGAGACGGCGACGAAGACGACGCAGAAUACGCAGACGAAGACGAAGAUUGCGAAGGAGACGGAGGCAGCUCAAACGCUCUGUAGUUCGAUUCAAAUACGGAGGCCGCUUCAGGCCUGUGCGCAGAAUUGGAGGAAGAUGGAAAUUCCUUUAUGGCCGUCGAUGGCUGACGAUAAGGUUCCAGAAAAGAUCAGAAAGAGUGGGUGGAAGAAAAACCUCCUUACAGAGGCGGCUGAUGAUGUAUUUUGCAAGGAGGUGGCGGUACGUGCUAGUAAGGCGAAGACGGCUGUUCAUAAAAUACGUGAGAAAGUACAGAAUGGUAAGACUUGGAAGAGUUAUAAAACUGAGGUACAAUAGGAAAUGGAUCAGCUUUAAAGGGCGAAGGCGAUAUAAAAAACUCAAAAGGAACAGGGUUAGGAAACGAAGACGCAGAAGACGAAGAGCUAGAAGACGACGAAAACGACGAAGGCGACGAAGGAGAUACAGACGAAGAAGACGAAGACAAAGACGAAGACGAAGGCGGAGAAGAAUUAGAAGACGAAGAAGACUCAUUCUGUUCCGAUAUGGCAAUCGCUGGAGGAAAGUGUUCCGAAGGAAGGGAAGACUUUUCUUCCGAAGUGGAAAGUUUUUCAUGGGUUUCAAGUAUUCCAGAGGUACAGUGUAUGUGAGGACGCGGAGGGGACGAUGGCGUCUAAUCCGAAGGUUACGAAAUAGGGUAAAGAUCUGGUCGGGACGUCAUUGGACUCGUCUAACGGUUCGUCACAGAAGAUUGUGCAUUCGUAAAGGAAGGAGGUUCAGAAAGAUCAGAAUAUUGAGAGGAGGUCAAGUCAGAGUGCUAUACAGAAUAGGUUGGAGAAGAAUUGGACGGCUACGAAGACAACGGCGAAAGCUCGUCAAACGUAGAAAACGUCUGAGGCGACGACGACGGAGACAACGAAGGAGACGAAGGCGAAGGAGACGGCAACGACGACGACAACGACGGCGUCGUAGAAGGCGACGAAGGAGGCGCAGAAAAUUGAGAAGGAGGAGACCAAGGUGCGUGAUGCGCUACCGGUAUGGCCGCAGGUGGAGACGAAUCGUGCGAAGAGGCAGGCGUUUCCUUAUCAAAAUAGGACGAAGACUGCGGUCAUGGAGACCACGAGGGUCCCGUGUAAAAAUUGGACGACGGGGAAGAUAUCACCCAAUUAAUAAACGGCUCAAGGUGAAAGUCGGUCUUGUAUGGAGGAGAAUAACGCUGAGGCGCCAGAAAUUGAGGAUCACGUGGGGAAGAAGAUCAAGACCUGUGUUGAUAACAAAGAAGCGACUGAAGGUGUUCACCGGGAAAAGAUGGAAAACAUUAACGAGGCGAAGGAGAUAUUCAAGAAGAAGAAUCCUUCGCAGGAAAAGGAGGCGACAACGACGGCGAAGAAGGCGAAUGAGAAGACGGAGACGAAGGCGACGACAAAGAAGACUGCGGAGGCGGCGCCGAAGGCAACGAAGAAAAAUAAGAAGACAACGAAGAAGAAGGCGCACGCGGCGAUCACGAUGUGUGUUGCGUAUUCGUUAUCACGGUCGAUUGAGACCAGUGUAUCGUAGAGGAGGUCGGCUGAUGAUGCGGUUCAAUAGGCGAUAUAUGAAAGUGAGGUACGCGAAUCGACGAUUAUUUAUCCGCCGUAAAAAUAAAUGGGUUCUCCAGACAAGUCCCCGAAUACGAGUGUUUGUAGGGAGAAGGUGGGCAAAGCUGCGGCGAAUUGGUCGCAGACUUUAUGCCAAAGGUAAACAAAUCCGAUUAACGAGAGGGCGAGUGAGAGUUUUGACGCGUAAAGGAUGGAAAGGACUAAGGUACCGAGGAAGAAGGCGGACAGUAAGGUACUCGAAGAAAUACUUGAGGAGGCUAAGAAGGCUACGAAAGAUGCGACGAAGACAACUCAAAAAGAUAAGAAGAAGGAAAAGAAGACGACAACGAAGGCGUAAGCGAAGGCGGCGAAGAAGACGUCGUAGGCGACGUCGUAGAAGGCGGCGAAGAAGGCGUAGAAGAGGCGGCUAUGGAAGACGAGGAAGAAAGAAGAGACUGAGAAGAAGACUCAGGAGAAGAAGACGACGAUUUAGGAGAAAGGCGAGAAGACGACGACGGAGACAAAGGCGACGUCGAAGAAGACGAAGACAGCUUUUGAGGCGAAAACGCCGCUGUGUGCUGCGUUUCCGUUAUAGAAGAGGCUGGAGAAGGAUCUUCAGAUGGAAGAAAAGCUUUUUUUUCCGAUUUCACGGAAAACUCCACUAUUUAAGUUACCAUCGCGGAGUACUCAGGCUCAGGUUAAAAAGAAGAUGGAUUCUAGUCCGUAAUCUGGGGUAUCGCCUGCGAGUCUAUAUCAGGGGCGUUUGGAGACUGAUACGUAAGAAGGGUCGCAACUUGUUUGUUAAAUACGGACGCAGAUAUCGAAGGGUAGGACUCUACGGAGGAUUUCCUAGAAUCAGAAUCGGAAAACGUUGGAGGUUAAUCAGAAAAAGAGUCAGUAGGAGGACAAGAAAGAGGCGAAGGAUCAAGAGACGGAGGAGAAGGCAACGAAGAAGGCAAAUGAGGCGAAAACGAAGGUACAGGAGAAGGCGAAGACGGCGAAGAAUGAGAACACGUAGACAGCUUCGAAGAUGCGUCAUGCGAGUCCGCCGUAAACGACGCUGGCUUCCUAUCAUUAGGGAAAGAGGUGUUUUGAAGAUACGAUUCGGAAGAGUUUUAAGGCUUAUCAGGUUCACCAGGGGUAUAACUUACAUCAAGUUUGGAAGGCGUUGGAUAAAAAGAAAUUACCAAGUCAACAUCCGAAUGGGAAGGAAAUGGCUGCGAAUGGUCCGGUUCGGUCGAAGAUUUGGCGUCCGAUUCAGAAAUAGGAUAAGGGUCUUGAACUUCUAUCGAGGCCGACCAAGGGUCCGUAUGCGUAGACACUGGCGAUAUAUCACAAGUCGAAGAAGAAGAGGAAAACGAGCGAAUAGGAGACUACGGAAAAGGAAUCGAAGACGAAGACGAAGGAAGUCCAGAAGAAGACGACGUAGAAGGAGAAGGAGAAGAAGGAGACGAAGAAGGCGAAGGAUAAGAAGGCGAAAGAGGAGAAGAAGACGAAGAAGACAAAAAAUAAGGCGACGACGCUGUGUUAUGCGCUUCAAGUUCCGAAACCGUUGGAGGAGGCUUGUUCGUAGAGGAAGAACGUUAGUUUUCCGUACAAGGAGAGGAUAUGGACGUGUUAGGUUCAUCAAAGGAAAG